AUGGAUUCUUCAGCAGCGCACAAGCCUCAUGCCAUAUGCAUUCCGUACCCAGCACAAGGCCACAUCAACGCCAUGAUACAACUAUCCAAGCUCCUACAUUCAAGAGGCUUCCAUAUCACCUUUGUCCACUCCCAGUUCAUUCACAGCCAUCUGUUGAGUUCCAAAGGCCUGGACACUCUCAACACCUCUCCCAGUUUCAGGUUCGAGACCAUACCAGACGGUUUGCCGGCAUCAGAUGAUAGGCAUGACAUAUAUGCCCUCACCGAUUCACUCCGAAAGAAGUGUGUUGAGCCAUUCCGUGAGCUUGUAACAGAACUCAAUAGCUCCUUGGACACACCUCCUGUAACUUGCAUUGUUGCGGAUGGCACUAUGACCUUCACCCUGCAGGUUGCUGAAGAGGUGGGUGUCCCUGAGGUUCUGUUCUGGCCUAUGUCCGCCAGCGGUUUCAUGGGUUUCUUUCAAUACCGCGAGCUAAUCCAAAGAGGUCUCGUGCCUAUGAAAGAUGAGAGUUGCUUGACAAACGGAUACCUUGAUACCCGCAUCGACUGGAUACCCGGCAUGAGAGAUAUCCUUCUCAAGGAUAUCCCUACCUUCAUUAGAACGACGGACCCCAAUGACAUCCUGCUCACCUUCAUGGACGAUGAAGCUCAAAACAGUAUCAAGGCUUCGGCACUUAUCCUACAUACCUUCGAUGAAUUGGAACCAGAGACUCUGCAUGCCAUUAAAUCCAUCAUCCCCAAAGUCUAUACUGUCGGCCCAUUACAAAUGCUUUGCCGCCAGAUAGUUGAAAACCAGCUUAAUCGGGUCCAAUCCAGCCUGUGGAUAGAAGAAGAAGGAUGCUUGGAAUGGUUGGAUAAGCAAAAGACCGCUUCCAUCAUCUAUGUGAAUUUCGGGAGUUUAGCAGUCGUAACGGAGGAACAGUUGAGGGAGUUCGCAUGGGGGCUCGCGAACAGCAAGUAUCCCUUCUUAUGGAUCGUCCGUCCCGAUGUUGCGAUGGGCCACCAAGCAGCUUUGUCGGAAGACUUCAUGGCGGAGAUUGAAGGCAGGGCAAUGCUGGCCAGCUGGUGCUCACAAGAACAAGUCCUGUCCCACCCGUCGAUCGGAGCCUUCCUAACGCAUUGCGGUUGGAAUUCGAUGAUGGAGAGCAUAUGCAGCGGAGUGCCGAUGAUCUGCUGGCCCUUCUUCGCUGACCAACAAACGAACUGCCGCUAUGCUUGCAAGGAAUGGGGGAUUGGGAUGGAGAUCGGUAGCGCCGUAAAUAGAGAAGAAAUCGAGGUUAUUAUGAUGGAAAUGAUGCAAGGAGAGAAAGGAGGGGAAAUGAGGAAAAAAGCCGUGGAGUGGAAACAUAGUGGUGAAAGUGCUGCUGAGGUGGGAGGAUCUUCUUACACUAACCUCGACAAACUGAUAGACCAAGUGCUUCAACGGACCGACGGGUGAUCAGACGGUUGUAAAUUGACUCGGAUUGCGUAGUGUGCUACAUAUCACUGAUAUGUAGACGUGGCAAAGUUCUGUGAGCCCCACCAUAAUGUAUGUGUUAUACAUAUACCGUCCAUCCAUUUUGCCAAACAAUUCCAGGGCAUGAGCCCAAAAAUCAAGUAGACUACAUGCCACAAAAACGGGCAGGAACUUACUCAAACCUUCCUAGUCCCUAUCAUGUUUAUUUUGCCAUUCAACUUCUCUGUGUGGUUGUACAAACAUGGAUAAAAGGAAAACACAAAUAUCAGCUUAAUCCAAAACUUAUGUCCUUUAAGAAGUUUUCAACGGUGGGCGUUCAAUCCCUACAGCUUUGGAUUUAUUACAUUUGGGAUCAUACCUUAAAAUGAUCUAAAAAAGUGGACGGACAGUAUAUAUAUAACACAUACAUUAUAGUGGGCUCAAAA